GGUCUACCUGGAAAUCCAGGGGAAAGAGGACCUCCUGGAAAACCAGUAUGUAACUUCACUCCUGUAUUAUAUCUUCCUUUUAACUCAGUUUCUGCCUGUACACCUCAUCUCAGAAGUGCACUUUGGUGCUUUUCCACUGCUGCUUUUCCCAGCAGAGCAAUGGAAAAAACACAAAGACACACUAACGGGUUAUGAUAAAAGUAUCUGUGGUGCCUUUGGAAUGGAUGUGUGCAGUGAAUGCCCUCCUGGUCCACCAGGACUGCCAGGCAUCCCAGGUUUCAAAGGUGAUAGAGGUCUCCGGGGACCACCAGGUAGAGAUGGUCAGGAUGGGAAAAUGGGUAUUGCUGGUCCCAGAGGUCCUGUGGGCCCACCUGGGCUUGAUGGCCCAAAGGGUGCUAAAGGAGACCGUGGUAUGACUGGGGAUGUAGGAGAAAAAGGUGAACAGGGCCACCCUGGAAUGCCUGGCUUCUCAGGGGCUCCUGGAAACCCUGGUCCACCUGGAUCAGAUGGGGCACCAGGACCAAUAGGACCAGCAGGAAACCCAGGAGACAUAGGCAAAGAUGGUCCACCAGGUCCACAGGGCCCACCAGGGCUGCCUGGACUCCCAGGCAUUGCUGGGAAUGAUGGCAAAGAUGGCAAACCAGGAUCUCUUGGGGAACCGGGUUUCAAAGGACAGAGAGGAGAUACAGGUCCCCCAGGUCCCCGGGGGGAGCCAGGUGUGAUGGGUCCUGCUGGUCGUGACGGGCCACCAGGGAAGGAUGGUGAUCCUGGUCCUAUAGGACCACAGGGCCCUCGAGGAUUCCGAGGGCAACCGGGCAAGAAUGGAUUGCCUGGAUCUGCAGGAGAACCUGGCCCAGCAGGUAUCCCAGGUCCCAAAGGAAAUAAAGGAGAAACAGGCAGCCCAGGACUCCCUGGUUUCAUAGGACCCCGAGGACCACCUGGAGAACCAGGAGAGAAAGGUCCUCCUGGAAAAGAGGGUGCACCAGGGAAACCAGGUGAAAUUGGCUCUAAAGGAGAGAGGGGAGAGCCUGGCAUCAAAGGUGAAAAAGGCCCUCAAGGAGAAAAGGGCCCUCCAGGUGAUCCUGGGAUACCUGGUCAUAAGGGCCAUCCAGGACUGAUGGGUCCCCAUGGACCCCCAGGAGACACUGGGCAGGUUGGACCUCCUGGUCCUCCAGGACAGCCAGGAUUUCCAGGACCAAGGGGGGAACCCCCAUCUCUAGAGACUUUGAGAAGGCUCAUCCAAGAGGAGUUGGCCAAGCAGCUAGAUGCAAAGUUAGCCUAUAUCCUGGCUCAGAUGCAGCCUGCACAGGUAAAAGCAUCCCAUGGCAGACCAGGACCUCCUGGUCCCCCUGGGAAGGAAGGACUCCCAGGAAGAACUGGCCCUCCAGGGGAGCCUGGCCGACCUGGACAGACUGGGUCAGAAGGUCCACCUGGGCCAAUUGGCCCCAAAGGAGAAAGGGGAGCAAAGGGUGAAAAGGGUGACACUGGCGUUGGCCAACGAGGGGAAAUAGGUCCUCCAGGAAUUCCAGGCCUCCCAGGGGAGCCUGGUUAUGCCAAAGAUGGGAUGCCAGGACCCCCGGGCCCUCAAGGUGAAGCUGGUGUGCCUGGUCUUGCAGGUCCACAGGGACCUCCAGGAGCUACUGGACAAUGUGACCCCACUCAGUGUGCUUACUAUGCAAGCCUGGCUGCCCGACCCGCCAACGUCAAAGGGCCCUAACAUGCAGGGAGCACCCCCAGACUUGUUUUUAAAACUUGAAUUCAUCACACCUGCCAAGAGCUCUCAGAUGCCUUCAGCUGUGUUUCUUUUGUGGGAAGUCUAAAGCCAACAAAUGCUGCCGGUCGGUCAGAUUAUUUUUAUGAAAUAUUAUUAUUAUUGUUAUUAUUAUU